UUUGUAAAUUAAGCUGUUAUUUAGGAAAUACUGAAAAAUAAAAAAAAACAUAUUUUUUGUUGAAUUUAAGAUAACUCCGGCUCCGACUCCGACUCCGGGUUAUCAGAAAUCUUCGGCUCCGACUCCGACUCCAGCUCAUAAAAUUUAGCCGACUCCGGCUCCGACUCCGACUCCAGCUGUUCGAGUUUUGACGACUCCGACUCCGACUCCAGGUCCUCAAAAAGACCCGACUCCACCGACUCCGGCUCCGGCUCCGACUCCGACUCCACAGCCCUGAUUAGCAGACACCUAGAACUUGCACAACUAGCUCAAUUGGGAGUGAAAAAAGUCCUCAACAAAAUGGAAAAGCCCGUCGAAAAGCGCACUCUGAAAGUAACCAUAAUUUGGGAGAAAAAUCGUCGCGACCAUUUAGUCAUCGCGUGCGGCGAUCAAUUUUUCACGCUGUUCGCCAACCUGGAGCAGGAACUGCUGGAACGCUUCCCGGAGCUGAUUCGCUGCGUGGGCAGAAGGUACUUCUACACGGACGAACACGGCGACGAGAUAACGCUGCUCACGGCAAAGGAUUUGCAGAACUUCCGGAUUUCUUGGGCAGCCCAGUUUGGGCGGAUAUUUGUGAGGGCGCGUCCGGAAGCUUCUCCAUCGUGGUUAUCCAUCGCAGUGGGUUUGUUCUUUCUGAUUUGGAAGUGCAUUGGGGUGGUGUUUACUGCGUUGGCAGUUUUUGUUUGGAUUUUGGACAGGACAAUUGGUGUGAAAUAAAGUGAUUUAGGCAAUUGAUGUUAACAUAUUUG